AUGGUUGGGCGAUGCUCCAAGGGCCGCAAACGCCGCAAAACAGCCACGAACACAGACAUCACUGAUGUCACCAGCCGUGACUCGAAUUCAGGCUCCACUGUACUGAACGGCGAAAGAAGUAGCAGUCAGGAAGUCUCCUAUAGGCCCUUGCCAGCUUCUGCGUACUCUACCGGCUCGAAUCGCGUCCAACUAGAUUUAGAUUUAACUGCAAUUCUCAAUUGGAACACUUAUUCUGCGCCGGACCCUGCUGAAUUCGCGGAUCACAUCAUGUCACCGACGGACGAAUUUGGACAUGCGAUUUCCCAGCUUGAUAUUCCAAUUUCAACUGAUGGGUACGCCUCUUGGUUGGAAAACGGGUUGGAAAUGGCUUUUGUCCCAUCCUCCACUAUUGAUUGUGUCUCUACAGCGCUUCCCCCCACGCCUGAUGAAAUUGUGGUGGGACCGGGAAUCGCCUGCACUUCCGAAAGCCUACAGCAGCAACAGACCGCUAGCUUACCGGGAAAUGUCGAUAUCAAGCCAGAGAUCUGCACACUAUUUCUUAUCAUGUCGAAUCUGGAGGCCGAACUCGGCAAUUCUGGCUCAAGCAUUGACAAGAUCAUGCAUACGGUGAAAGCAAGCACGAAAGAGAUCGAACAAGUGAUACAGUCCAAACAAUGGCACUUUCUUGUGAUAGGUCCAAUGCUAGCACUCGUCGCCAUUGAAGUCGCCUUAAUUCUAAUUGAAAGCAUUGUCUCUCGUUGGGGGAGCGUUUGCAAAAACCCAAGCUUUGAUCUUUCCACUGGCGAUUCGCAAAAUCCAUCUGCUCUCACACUUGGUCAGUAUAGGGCUGAAAGCGAGGAGGCUGUUCUCAUAUGGAGACAUAUUGUAUUAGCCGAGCUUCAGCGCUUACGCAAUCUGAUUGAAGUCCUCGGUGGUUAUCUUGAAGGUUCGAGUGGCGGUCAGAAUGGUCGGCGACCGGUAGAUCGUCUCAGGAACUCUUGCAUCUAUCAAGAGCAAAAGGCGACAUUUUUAGUCGCAACUUUACAAGGAGAAGACUUGACCAGGUAG